UCAGGAGGCAAAGAGCUGCUUACUAAAUCAGCUGAUCAUACCAUGCCCACCACAAGAACUUCUCAGUAUCGCGGAGUCACCAGGCACCGAUGGACAGGUAGGUAUGAGGCUCAUCUAUGGGAUAACAGCUGCAGGAAAGAGGGACAGACAAGGAAAGGAAGGCAAGUUUAUUUGGGUGGGUAUGAUAAAGAAGAAAAAGCGGCAAGGGCUUACGACUUGGCUGCCUUGAAGUAUUGGGGGCCAACCACCCACAUUAACUUUCCUCUGACCAAGUAUGAGAAAGAGCUGCAAGAAAUGAAGAACAUGAAUAGACUAGAAUUUGUUGCAAUGCUAAGAAGGAAUAGCAGUGGGUUUUCAAGGGGAGCCUCUGUAUUUAGAGGAGUCACAAGGCACCAUCAACAUGGAAGGUGGCAAGCUCGGAUUGGUAGGGUUGCAGGCAACAAGGACUUGUACCUUGGGACAUUCAGCACACAAGAGGAGGCUGCAGAAGCUUAUGACAUUGCAGCUAUAAAGUUCAGGGGAAGUAAUGCAGUAACCAACUUUGACAUCUCUAGGUACGACGUUCAAAUGAUAUGCUCCACCACCACCACCAAACACUCCUCCACCUCCUCUUCCACCACCACCACCCACCAGCAGCCGGACUCUGGGCCAGAAGAUCAUGAUGACAGUCUCAAUUUGGCUUUGGUUCCUCCUCCUAUCCCCUCUUCAUCCUCUCUUUUUGGGCUUUGGAACAACAACCAAUAGAAUAUAAUAGAAUACAUCUUCUGU